CGGAGCUAAUCAGUCUACAUGACAAAAUGGCUGCGACCAUGAAGAACGUGGAUGAGAUUCGGAAUCGAGUAAUACUUGGGGAAUUUGGUGUGAAGAAUGUUUAUACAACAGAUUAUCCUGGAAACUACCCUGGCUAUGAUGACACUUGGGAUUUGGAAAAAUUUCAAAAGAACUUCAGAAUUGACGUGGUGCAUCUGGAUGAGAGCAGCAUGGAGUUUGACAUGGUGGGGAUAGAUGCAGCCAUCGCCAACGCCUUCAGAAGGAUCUUACUAGCUGAGGUGCCAACCAUGGCUAUAGAGAAGGUGUUUAUCUAUAACAACACGUCCAUCGUCCAGGAUGAAGUGCUGGCCCACAGAUUAGGCCUCAUCCCCAUCAAAGCUGACCCCCGCCUGUUUGAGUACAGGAACACUGGUGAGGAGUCUACAGAGGAAGAAGGUUCAGAAAUAGACACAAUUCAGCUGCAGCUGAAGAUUAAAUGCAGUAGGAACCCCAGAGCCAGCAAAGACUCCUCUGACCCACGAGAGCUGUAUCUGAACCACAUGGUUUAUUCCAGGGACAUAAAGUGGGUGCCCAUCGGGAACCAAGCAGACGUGUUUGCAGACUCCAGCAUUGGACCCGUACAUGACGACAUCCUCAUCGCUCAGCUGCGACCGGGGCAGGAGCUGGACAUUAUUAUGCACUGUGUCAAAGGACUGGGGAAGGACCACGCAAAGUUCUCUCCAGUGGCCACGGCCAGUUACCGCCUCCUGCCGGAGAUCACGCUCCUGGAGCCAGUGGAGGGAGAGAAGGCAGAGCGCUUAAAACGCUGCUUCUCACGAGGAGUUAUCGACCUGGAAGAUGUUGAUGGGGAAAAGGUCGCCAAAGUUGUGAACAGUCGCCUGGAUACCUGCAGCAGGGAAGUCCUCCGACAUGAUGACCUGAAGAACGUGGUGAAACUCGGCAGAGUGCGAGACCAUUUCAUUUUUACUGUGGAGUCAACUGGCAUCCUCGCUCCGGAUGUCCUGGUCACAGAGGCCAUCAAAGUCCUCAUGGCCAAAUGUCAGAGGUUUCUCAGUGAACUGGACUCUCCUGACAUGGAGUGACAUGACAACUAAGAUCUGAUGUCGAAAUAUGUUACAGCUGACGUGAGCUUGGAUUUGUGAUGCUCUCAGUGGAAUGGCUCUGUUCUAACUCAGCUGUAUUGAUAAAAACGAUACUGUGUUUUCAGAGGGCAGAUGUUUUGAUGGUUGGUAGAUUUGCUUGUAAGUAUGUAUAUACUGCUGUCUCUAGUUUUUAUACCACUCUUGAUUUAUUGAGGAGCCUGGUUUUCCUUAAAUCAGCAUGUUGAAUUAGAUAAAACAUCCCCAAUAAUGUCCAGACAUACUGUACAAUUUUCUGUAUGGAUCUGUGAUAAAAUAAUAAAACAAAACAAAUAAAAGAGAUGUUAUUACAGGA